GUUUUGGCUUUGUUUAUGGAAGGGGUAGGUGCUGCAAUAAAUAAUUCUACAAUGCUUCUAGUGCUGUCUCCACUAUGGCUAAUGGAAUUCACGUGUAAGCAUCUUUCAUUUGCUAGUUUCACUAUAAAAUCCUAUGAGAUUGAGAAUUAUUUGUGCUUUGAAUUGAAUUUGAAAUUAGAAAUGGCAGCUCUCUUGAAAUCUCUUUGCUUGGUGAUCGUUCUUGUCAUUCUUGGAUUUGCAGAGAUUAAUCGAGUUGAUGGAGCUGGAGAAUGUGGGAAAUCCACAACUCCUGACAGAGAAGCUUUCAAGCUGGCACCCUGUGCAUCAGCAGCGCAAGAUGAAAAUGCUCCAGUUUCUUCCCAGUGCUGUGCUCAGGUAAAGAAAAUUGGCCAGAACCCAGCCUGCCUUUGCGCUGUUAUGCUUUCUAACACAGCAAAGAGUUCGGGAGUCAAGGCAGAAAUUGCAGUCACCAUUCCCAAAAGGUGCAACUUAGCUGAUCGUCCUGUGGGUUACAAGUGUGGAGCUUACACAUUGCCUUGAAGAGCAAUAUCAGUCAUGGUGCUCUGUAAUAUACUUGCUUCUACGAAUGUUCCGGAGUCUGCAGCUUUGCAGCUAGUUCCCUUCUAGCUAACAAAUGACAGUGACAUCCAGGAAUCUGAUAAUAAAUAAACUUUUAAUGUUUAAUUUCCA